UUAGUAAUUAGCCUUCAAAAUAAUUGGAAAAGAAAAUUGUAAAAUUUAUGUUACGUAAUACAUUUUUAAAAUUUUGAAAUAAAAGCGAUGUCUAUAAGUGACAGCGAAUGGGACGCCAUAUCAGUGUUUGUAGCUAUAGUUGUUUUCGCUCUCCCCCUAACACUAUUGUUCCCUGCGAUCUCAGUAUGGGAUUUUAUCCCGAAGAUCAGGGUGUCCCGUUUCCAUAUCCUGGAUCAGCACCUCACCUGGUUGCAGCUUAAUGCGUCAAUGAUAUUUGUCAUCGUGAUAUUCUUUUGCCUUUAUCUUGAAAUUAGGAAGCGCGAGUUGGACGAGAUGGUGGAUGGUGUCCUAUCCGUCAGUCAGGCUACAGAAGCCGCUUUGGACAUGGAAUGCGAGAGACAAACAGCAGCGAUAAGAGUGUGUGUCAAGCUUUUAGAUGCCUCCACUGAACAUUACGAGAACCUGAUGUUACUCAGGGAUGACCUCCGUAAACGGGAGAAGACAGCCUUACCGCAUCCCCCUGAAAUCUUACCCUCCACAUCAGACAUCGGAAUUUGAGUGUUCAAAGCUAUAUACAUCUGAAACAUCAAUCGCUUGUUUUUUAAAUAAAAUUAUAUGAGCUGUUUAAACUAUUCAAAAAUGAUCAUGAAAUUAGUUCGGAAUAUAUAUUAUAAUUGCUUUUUGACAAUAGCCUUGUCCUAAGUGAUCGUGUUAUGUUUUGUUCAUACAUUAAAAACAUUAUAAUUUUCCACUUAAACAAGAAAGCCACACCAGUCCUAACCGCUGCAAUUUCACUCAACCGUUUGUUAAACCUAUGUAACUAUGGUCCGCUAGUUGAUAUAAGAGCAUAUUAUUAUACCAUGCGUUUCCAUGACAUUUUAUAUAAACUUUCAUUUAUUCAUAACAAAGAACGACGUAAUUGAACAUGAAGAAUAGUCAUUAUUAUAAAAAAAAAUCGUCUGCAUUUCGUUAUGAAAUUAGACGCACGAUUUAUAUGUUUUGAAAUUAUGUUAAAGGAUGAAAAUAAUAAAA